AUGCAUCGAGUUGGCGGUAAUAUUGAAAUGUUGAAACGAUCUUUGGUUCAGCUGGCAACGAUGAGCAGUAAUAUGCCAGUGAUACGAAUCAACCAGCGAAUGCGUAUGGAAGCCAAUCAGUUGGAGAGUGUUCAAAGUAAAAUGCUGGAUGAGCAGUCGUAUAUCGCUCUGAUAUGUUUGUCGUGUGGCUUCAACAAAGAUGAUAUUCGUAAUCAGUCAGAAAUGUUGAAAGAACGGUUCGUUGAUUAUUUAGAAUCGAAACAAGCUGCUGGUAUUUGUAAUGUUGGAAAUGAGCAGCAUCCAUCGCCGAAUUCGAUCGUUCAUAUAUUUCCACCGUGUGAAUUCGCGACCGCAUUUCUGCAGCGGAAUUCACCAGAUUUGUUUGAAACAAUCCGACAGCAACGUGCUAACUAUCUGUUUGUUGUGAUCACAUCAGCGAGUUAG